CGUUACCCGCGGCGAACAGACGAUUCGAAUAUUCGCACGCACGUUCUCCCCCCCGCUUGUGUAUGCAGUGCAGCACAUCACGCACAGUAUUUCUGUUGCAUUAUUGCUUGCACGUUUGUUUCAAAAAAUUGAAUCUCGGUUAAUGAGUUUUUGUUUACUUUUUUUUUGUUAAUAAAGAGCACGAGCACUCGGCAAGUUAUACGAAAAAAACGAGUGUUUUCGCACGAAUCUUGCACAGUGAGUUUAUUAAUCGACAUAUCCUGCAGUGUGUUGCGAAGAUAUACAGGAGAAUAUAUAACACACAUCGACAAUCGAUCUGAUCAGGAUCGCACAUACAAGUACAUAUACAAACUCGUACGAAAGUCAUCGAGGGACGCACGAGGAAGUCUCGCGAGGAUUUUUGGCUGCUUGCCAAGGAUUGGUCUGUGCUGCACAGUCUUGCAAGGACUCGCGUUUUUUCUUCUCUCUCUCUCUCUCGUUCUCCCUAACCUCAUGGCCGCCGCUGCCGCCACCGACAGUGGACGACAACGAGGAAGAUAGGCUGGAGCGCGGGCAUGCAAGGAUCGCCCUAAAAAGUAGACGCAGCCGGCGAUGGAUGAAGAGUCAGCGACGAGACACUGGUGCGAGAGACGAAGGUUUCAGGAGCAUUGAAAAGGAGAGAGGAGCCAACGAAGCUCGACCAUGGACGAAACGAUCAUGAAGAGAGAAGGGAAGAACGUAGAACAACAACAAAAGCAAAUAUUGGAGUACGAAACGACCAAGGCGAAGGCCAUGAACGAGGACGAGCCUCUCGACAGCUCGAUCAACGCGAGCAAAUUCGACGCCACGAUCAAUGGCAACGAGUCGAACACGACGAUCAACGAAUCCAAUUGCACGUUCAACAGCGAGUGCAAUGUCACGGUGAUUCACGUGCCGCUACUGGCGACCGUUGUCGCCGUUGCCGACGACGAGGGCGUCGAUAACAAAGAGGGUAGCAACAGCGGCAGCGAGGACGUAGUCGGCACGCCGAUCACCACCUGCAAAGACUUCCCGAACGAGGGCAAGGACAGCAAGGAUGGCAGUGACAGCGGCGUCGAGGGAUGCGCCGUCGAGCCAAACAGGGUACAAAGCCGUAGCAGUAACGACUACGCGAGCAGUUGCAACGGUCUAGACGAGGCCUCGUGCGACUCGAGCUUAGCUAGUUGUUGUUCAGUUUACGAGGAUGCACCUUGCUCGGUUCAAAAUCAGCCGCAGGUAACGGCCUCGAUGACCACGACGAUGACGACAACGGCCUCAGUCCCGGCUGCGACGACGACAGCGACGACGAUAAUGCCGUCAAAGAGCAUAAUCGAAUCCGAGCAGGGACUCGGUCUCAGUGCUGUGCUAGCCGAGGCGGCGAUGAGCAACGGCAUCGGCGGUGGCGGACCCAGCGAAGGUACCUGCAGCGAGGGUGGCAGCGAGAGCUCGUCCGUUGCUGGCAGCGUGUCGGCUCGAGUCCAGAAGCGCAACGGAGCCACGAGCGCGACCAGCAAAAAGAAAAUCACCAACGGCAGUAGUAGCAGCAGUUCGAUCGAGUCGCAGAAGAGCAGCAAAAGUGGCCAGCACCAGCAGCAACGAGGAGCGCUGUCGAAAUUGACCGCGUCGACGAGCUGCCUCGUCAACGGUACCUGCGCCAACGGGGCAAGGGCCAAGCCACGCACCUCGUCCAGUCAGCGGCUCAACAGUCUGACCAAGUCGCAAACGAACGUCGCCGGUAGCAGGGACAGAGGCAGAUCGCGCGAAAAGCAACCAGUGACCAAAGAAACGACGACGACGAGCGGCACGGCCGUUCGCAGAACGAAUUCGGCCGCUAGAGCUAGUAGCGCCAGUUGCAAAUCAAGGUCGACGAGGCCCGAUACACUGCCGUCGGCGCUGACCAACGAAAUCAACAAAGAUCUUGCACAGAGAGGACGAGUGAACGUAACGACAAAACCUCGACAAGGAGUAUCGGCCAGUCGAGCUACAGCAACAGCAGCGGCUUCAAGAACCACUUGUUCGACACCAUCGGAAGAUGGUAGGAGGCCGGUGUGUCGCAGCUCGAGUUUGUACAAUUCGAAGCGACCAGAACUGCGCAGCCUGAGGCAUCUCGAUAAAAUGACCUCAAGCUUGGACGGUACUGGUCGCACGAUCGAAGCUUACGGCACUAUUCCUCGCACGAUGCGACACAACAAAUUGGCCAUGUCCAAACAAACGGUCGGUGACAGUAAGCCGCCCACGGCUUACAGAAGUCGAUCCGGCAGUAGAGAGGCAAGCUUAGCUCGACCACUGUCUAGGAGAUCGAUUUCUGCUAAAGACGCGGGUUUGGCGAGCAAGAGCCUACCUCCAAGCGCAAAGCCGCAGAGAACCAAUGUCGAGAGAGUGAGCAUUUACCGCGAAUUCGGGGUACAAACAAACUGGUCUGGUGAAGACUUCGCUAAUUGUUUAGCAGGCAAAGUGCCAGUUCCAGACUUGGACACGAAAGAUACUCAAACCGUAGAUGAUUGGGAAAAAAUUCAGAAAAUGAAGACGGAAUUGGAGAAAGUUACGGUAGAUAACGAUAAAAAUAAAAAAGAAAACAAUAAAUUGAGAGCUGAAGUGGAAUUGCUAAAAAAACAAUUAGAAGAAGAAAAGGCUGAUCAUGCUUUUGCUAGGCAAGAACUUGACAAAAAUGCACAAAGAGUACUUGCUAUGCUCGGUACACCACAAUCAGAGCACGAUGGCAGCGAUAGCUUUUUGGAACUUGAAACACAUAUUCACGCUUCAGGAAAAGUUGUCGCAACUCAACAAAUGGAAAUUGCCGAUUUACAGUCACUAUGUAGAAUGUUGAGCCGAGAUUUGGAGAAAAGUUUAACUGCUCAAAAACAAUUAAUGCAACAAAAUCAAGAUUUGGAAAUCGAAUCGCUUGAAAUAAAAGAAUUUUUGCAAGAAGAAAAAGCAAUGUUGGAGGCAGCUCUAAAAGAUACGGAGGCUGAACUGGCAAAGAAAGAAAAGAGUAUCGCUCAAUUGUCGUCGGAGUUGGAUAGACAAACGGAAGAGUGUAAGCACCUUGUGCGAAUUAGCGAGCAGAGGCGACAAGAAAACCUCUCGUUAAGCAUGAAAUUGAAUGCAGUCGAGAGAAGAAGUCGUGAAUUGUUACUUGCUCAAGGCGCUUCCGUGUCGGGUGCCUCGGUCGCUCUCUCAGGCCUUGGACAUAGAUUGGAGGGUUUAGUAGAUCAAUUGAUUAUAUCUUAUCAUAUUUCUGAAAAGGAUCUCGAGGAUGUAAUUUACCACAAUGAAGCCUUUAGUCGAAGUAAUAGUAGUGUCGAGUCAAGCCCUGUUAGUUCAAAACAUAGUACCAAAGACUGUACGCCGAGCCCAAAACGAGGUUCUUUUGUCUCAGCCGUUAUUGGAGCAAUACGAAAUGCCGCUACGCAUCCUUUUGCCAUGAAGCCAAUGAACGAGAAAAAGCUUGUAGAAAUUAAUAAGCCUAUUCGAAAAGAAACGAACACAACUGAAUCUACGUCCGACCUUCUAGAUUUUGAGACUGAACCUUGUCUCAUGAUGGAAAACGUUUUAGAAGAUGUUUCAUUGCCUGAUACUUAUUCGCACAAUAUGAUAUCAAGUUGUGAUUCAUUUAGAAGAGUUAUGAGUAUUUCUGACCCCGUUGCCGAUGAAAACGAAAUUAGAAAAGCCAAACUAAGAAAAGAAACAAGUAGUUUAACAAAUCUGACUCAGGCAAUUAUGAACAGACGAAAAGUUGAAGAUGAAGAGGAAGAAUUGGAUGCUACUCAUAUACUCGAAAACGGUCCAUUUGACGCUUCACUGACUGACUAUUGUCCGCCCUCUAGUAGCUUGGUUGAUCAAGUUAUUGAUGUUGAUAACUAUUUGACUAAACUUUUGAAAGUUUUACGAAUCAUACAAUUGGAAAACGAUACUUGUAUUCAAGAAUUAAAAGACGAAAAAACGGAAUUGGAGUUGCGAUUAGAAAUUUUGUUAGCGGAACGUAAGGUUGCUGAAUAUUCGCAUGACGAAAAGGAAAAUUAUUCUAACGGCACUAGUGAUCGGACAAACAUACUUGAAAAUUAUAAAUAAUGCAAAGGAAUUGAGAGUUGAUGGCCAAACAGAAAGAAAAAUUACUGCAACGGACGAUAAGAAAGAUGAAAAUAUUAACUCAAGUUGUUCUACUCGACUAUCGUCCAGAAUAUGUUCGUAAACCGGAAAAAAGGUUGUGCAAGAUAAAAAUAUAUUUUUAUUGAUUCUACCAGUCAAUUGCUUUUGUAAUAGAUGAUAAAACUACGGAACAAAAAGAAAUCUUCAACCUGAACAGCAUUUGAUGCCUAGUGUUGAAAAAAUGCUAUUAAAAAUUUUGAACGAACCCCGUGCUUAUUGUAAAUAUAGUUCUUCAAACAAGAAUCAAAUGAAUUAUUGAAAAAUAUUAAAACAUUUUCGAUCAGGGUGAUCAAAUCAAAUUGUUAGGAUAAUGCAAUUUUGCUUAAUCGAAUGAUAAAUAUGAGAAAAUUAAUGAAAUGAUUGUAAAUAUUGAUGAAAUGAAAGUGAUUAUUAUAUUCUUAAGUUUUUUUUUUUGAGUGAAGGAAAUAAACCUUCGCGUAAUGAAAUGCCACUGUGAUGUGUAAAUUGGAAAUAACAAUUGGCAAAAAAAAUGAUUAUUUUCUUUACAAACAUGAAUUGUAUCAUCAUUUUAAGAAUGAGCUUCCGUGCUAAUUUUGACCUUAAUGAAUUUGCCUUGCUAAUUAGCAUAAAACUAUAUAUUUCGCUUUAUCUGCGAAUUGAGUUUUGUUAAAAAAUAUCAUAUAUACCAAUGUUUUCGCUUUGUCCCAAAAUGACAAAAUAAAAAAAAUUAGUUAUAACUCUUAUGCUUACGCUGUACAAGGACUGAGUAACUUUAAAGAUUAUAUUUAUUAUUAACUUCAUUGAUUAGUAUACCAAACGCCUAAAUGUUUUUGUGGCACUUUCUAAUGUGCCGUUUCGAGCUUUUCAUGAUUUGUACAGCCAAUUAUUAUAGUACAUAUUCGUUUUUAUAUCCCAUUUACAAUGUUCAUUUUAAUAAAAUGGAACAAAAAAUGAACGAAUGACCAUAGGCCAGAUAACUAUAGGUAUUAUCAACUGUACCUUAUAUUAUAUUUUUAGAAAACUAAAUAAAUCACAUUUCCAUAA